AUGAGCUAUUAUGGUGGCUACUAUGGAGGCCUGGGCUAUGGGUAUGGCUCUGGUUAUGGCUGUGGAUGUGGCAGCUUCUGUGGCUUAGGCUAUGGCUAUGGCAGCUAUGGCUAUGGAGGCCUGGGCUAUGGUGGCUAUGGCUAUGGCUGCUGCCGCCCAUCUUGUGGUGGAAGGUGCCUGAGCUAUAGCUAUGGCUAUGGAUGUGGCUGCUUCUAUGGCCUAGUUUAUGGCUGUGGUGGAUAUGGCUAUGGAGGUUUAGAUUAUGGUGGCUGUGGCUAUGGAAUCUACAGCUGUAGAGACUAUGGGUAUGGAUACUGCUGUUACUAA